AUGCAAAAUUGCAUAGCUAACCUCAGAGUUUAUUCUAUUGCCAGGGUAAUCAAGGCUCGCGAAUUGAUCUAUGGAUGGGGACAUACUGUUAACGGCCCCAAUGUACAGACAAUCCUCGGAGAAGGGUCGUGGGUGCCGACCAUGAACAUGUUCGUAGAAACACUUGGUCCACUCAGAUUUGAUGCUUUUCAUAUGCUGGUCAUCGAUUUAAUGCAUGAAUGCGAGCUCAACACAUGGAAGGCCUUAUUUAUGCAUCUUAUUCGUCUACUAUAUGCACUUCCUGGUGGCGACGACCUUGUUGCACAACUCAAUAACAGAUUUCGCCAUGUACCAUCAUAUGGCAAUGGUGUGAUUCACAGAUUCACAAAUAAUACCUCAGAAAUGAAAAAGCUCGCAGCACGAGACUUCGAGGAUAUUUUACAGGGCCGUCUCAUCAUUUCUUGCGCUGAUGUGCAUCGCUGA